AUGGCGUUCUUCUUGGCUCCCAUCCAGUCCGGGCAUCAUCAGCAUCAGCAGCAGCAGCAACAGCAGCAACAGCAGCAUCCCCAACCCGCUGUUUUCCAGUUUAUUCCCAUGCAGAAUCCCGCCCAUCCACAACAUGCUGCGCUGCAGGCUGCCCAUCCCUUUCCCGGCCAUGUCAUUGAAAACCAUAACCCGGCCCCAGUGCCGCCUGCUGCUCCUGCUAUCGCUCCAGCUCCAGCCCCCGCGCCCGUGAAUAACGCACCGAACCAGGCUGUCAUGGUCGCUCAUGGACGAAUCGGUGCCCAGCCAAUCGCCGUAGCCCAGCCACAAGUUCCGAACUGGUUUGGAUGGGCAGCCCCUGCCGCCCCUGCUGCCCCUGCUGCCCCUCCUGCUCCCGUCGCUGUUCAGCAACCGCAACUCCAGCAAUUGUUUGCCCCUAACCCCCAGCAGCUCCAUGCUCAGAACGUGGCCGCUGCACAGGUCAAUGGGGCCAAUGUCCCCCGCCAGCUGGUCCCGUGUAACCCGCCCCCUGGACAGGUUUUGUGGGUGCACAACCUGGAUGGGUCCUGGACUCUCCGCACCGUCACGGAUAUUCAAAAUAAGUUGCAUGGCCAGUGGCACAGGUCCAAGUCUGGAUAUCCAUAUUUUCGGGUCCAUGCUAAAACUAGGGCUUAA